CAGUGGCCUUUCGGAAGCAGAAGGUGACUUGUCUCUACUGCCCUGCUAAGAAGUGGAAUUCUUUCAGCCAUGAAGCAUGUGUUGAACCUUUACCUCCUGGGUGUCGGGCUCACCCUGCUCUCUAUCUUCGUUAGAUUAAUGGAGUCACUGGAGGGCUUACUGGAGAGCCCAUUGCCUGAGAGUUUUUGGACCACCAGAGGUCACCUGGCCAGUACACAGCACCCCAAGGGUCUUCCAGACCACCCAUCCAGAGGGGUGCAGUAAGGCCACCCCUGAGGACAGUAACUUUGGAACACUUUAGGCCACUAAAUAACUCCAGCCAGGUGGCGCAGGCAUAGUCAGAGUAUCAGUGUUCCCAGAGAACUGUUUUGAGGCCCAAGAAGAGCCGCUCCAUCUGCAUGUGCCAUGCCCUGGAGAAGCCUCUUUAAGACGCAGGUGUGAGCGGAUGGUCCAUGACUGUGAGGUGGAGUGAACACACUCUUCUCCCAGGUGUGCUGUUCACUCUGCUGUCCUCUGCAGCAUAACCCUGGUGUGGCACCGUCAGCCGAUGUUUUCGCUCCUACUUCCCACACUUCUGCGGAGGGUUCUUUGGACCUGGGUGUCUUAUGAUCUGUUUGUUUGGUGAUCAGCCUGACUUCCACGAGCUCGCAUGUGGAGGACAGUGGGGACUGACUCUAGGGAGGGGAACAAGAAUUCUGUGUCUGUUACUCAUUGUUUUACAUUUUUCAAGACCUCCCUUCAACAUAGUGUGUGUAUGGGUCUGAAGGCAAUGGGAUAUCCAAGCCUGCUCAGGAUGUGAGCAUAUUGUGGCCACCAGGUGGCCUAAGUGAAUUUUUCUAAUGAAAUAAAGU